AUGUCGACAGACACGGCAGCGGCAGCUGUGGCAUCACAGGCCCCUACAGCCCCAGCAUCCGAAGACACGGCCGCCACCUACGAGUCUACCCACGUUCACGCCGUCUAUGAGGCCAUUGCCCCCCACUUCUCAGCCACCCGCCACAAGCCUUGGCCUCGUGUCGCCUCCUUCCUCGACUCACUGCCCCCUGGUGCGGUAGGUUUGGACAUUGGAUGCGGCAACGGCAAGUAUCUCGCCGUGAGCCCUCACCUCCAUCUCCUAGGCUCCGAUCGCAGCGCCAACCUCGUCGCCCUCGCCCGUGACAACACAGGCGGUAGCGGCGCGCCCCCGAAGAAGGCCAAAGGCGACGAGCCUCCCGUCGAAGUGACCACCACAGUCCCGUUGGCACGGCGCAACGAGGUCAUCGUCGCCGACUCGCUAACUCUCCCCUACCGUCUCUCCUCCGUCGACUUUGCCCUCUCCAUCGCCGUCCUACACCACCUCUCCACACCGUCCCGUCGUCGCGCCGCCGUUCGCGCCAUCCUCGACACCCUCGUUCCCGCCAACGGCAAGGCCCUCCUCUUCGUCUGGGCCCUGGAGCAGCGCAACUCUCGCCGCGGCUGGGACGCCUCUGCUCCGCAGGACCAGCUCGUCCCCUGGGUCACGAAAGCCAACCAGCCCAAGCGCGACGCCGCCGUCGAGCCGGCAGCAGAGGAGAAGCCAGACGAGACGUGGCACCGCUACUACCACCUUUACAAGGAGGGUGAGCUCGACGCUGACGUUCAAGCUGUCGGUGGUGUCGUACUUGAGAGCGGGUACGAGAGGGAUAACUGGUGGGCCAUCUGCUCGCGGGGGCCGAACGAAACAUAA